AUAAAUUGAAGUGUUAUCAUAAGAACUUGAUAAAGAUGACUAAAUACAAUUCUAGUGUUGAAUUGUUUAAUGAAUUUCAAAAAGAAGAAGAGGAAGCAGGAUCAAAGAAUGAUUUAGCUUAUCUUAAUUUUAAAGAGGAAAACAAUAACAAGAAACCAAAAACAAAAGAAAAUAAAUAUUCACCUAAAGAAAUUAUAUUUAACAUUCAAAUUUAUAAAGUAUAUCUCUUUUUUUUAAUAUUUUAAGAUGCCUACCAAUAAUAAUGAUCACAUGAUCGAAUUUCAAUUAUGUAGAAGACAUCCAGUUGUUUUUAUGGAUUUUUGUAACAAAGUCAUUGUUUUGCUUAAUUAACAUUUCAAUUAAUUUUGA